AUGAAAUUCUCUGUCACUGUGCCCAAGAUGCUCAUGGACCAGGUCCUGGGGAGCCACAGGAUCUCAGCUGCUGCCUGUGGGAUGGAGAUGUUCCUCUACCUGACACUAGGAGGUUCAGAAUUUUUCCUUCUGGCUGCCAUGUCUUAUGACCGCUAUGUGGCCAUCUGCCACCCACUCCGUUAUCAUGUCCUCAUGAAUCACAGAGUGUGCCUCCUCCUGAUGUCUGUCUGUUGGCUCCUGGGAUCCUUGGAUGGAUUCGUGUUCACUCCUGUCACCAUGACCUUCCCAUUCUCUGGGUCCCGGGGGAUCCACCACUUCUUCUGUGAGGUCCCUGCUGUGAGGAAGCUCUCCUGCUCAGACACCCGGCUCUCUGAGACCCUCAUGUACCUGUGCUGUGUGCUCAUGAUUCUCAUACCUGUGACAGUCAUUUCCAGCUCCUAUUCAUCCAUCCUCCUCACUGUUGUCAGGGUGAACUCAGCAGAGGGCAGGAGGAAGGCCCUUGCCACGUGCUCCUCCCACAUGGCUGUGGUCAUCCUCUUUUAUAAUAGUGCUAUCUAUAACUACAUGCUCCCAGCCUCUUUCCACUCUUCUGAGAAGGAUAUGGUGGUGUCUGUGUUUUACACAAUACUUACCCCUCUGUUCAACCCACUAAUCUAUAGUUUUAGGAAUAAGAAUGUCACAGAGGCUAUGAAGAAAUUGUUGCCUGUGAGAUCCCUCUUUUAA